GCAAAACUUUUGCUUACUUUUCAUUAAUUAUUUUGGUUUAAUUCCCAGUUAUCUCGUUUAACCCGGAAAUCUCGUUUGGACACCGGCUUCAUCCUACAUCGAUGCAGAAUAACCGAGGUUAAGCGGUUAAAUUUUUCAAGGGAGACCACACACUCGGAUUGCUAUAUUUUCAUGUGUUUCACGAUCACUGUGAGAAAGUAAAUUUUAGGGUUUAUUGUAAAUAUCUCAGCGUGAGUCUGUCAAACGGCCAUCAAAGAUUAAAGGUUGUGUCGUGCCAUCAUGGAUCCGAGGGUUUUAUUCUUUGCUGGACUUUUAUUAACAGGGAGUGUGCCUUCCUGUAAUGCUCGAAGCUCUGACGACGAUGACUCUUGGUUCAGCCUGACGAAUCUUGUCAUUGGCGGCGUUGCUGGGAUAGGUGCCGUUGUUGCGGCACCCGUUGUGCUUGGAGCUGCUGGAUUUGGAGCCGCUGGUGUUGCGGCCGGAUCGUUGGCGGCUGCCGUUCAGGGACCAGCAGUUGUUUCCGGGAGUGCAUUUGCGCUUGCGCAGAGUGCAGGUGCGGCUGGUCUUGGAGUCGGGGCUAAGGCCGCAUUGUUUAUGGGAGGGGCGGCUGCUGGGUCUGCAGCCAUCAAGAAGAACGAUGAAGAAUAAACGCAUUUGUCAACAGUGUUAUAUUUUGUUUCCAUUAAAUACACUGAGCUUAUAGUUAUAUUUCAAUUGUUUAGACCACCUUGAAGAAAUAAUUAAAAAUAUGUAAAGGUUUAAACACUUUAAAUUGAAAAAAAAGUUCUACUUAUUGAAUUAAAUGGUGUAUUCAUUGCUAAGGCAACCUUAAAGAGAAUUAUUAUUAUUUAAUCCCAUUUACUUGAUUAUAUUAAGACAAUGCAAAUAAGUAUCAACUUUUGUUACAAUCCAGUUAUGUUUAUUCAUUAGCUUUCAAGCUAUUAUUUGUUGUAUAUCGUUGCAUCUCUUUUCUAUUAUACGUUUGAACUUCAAUAUAACCAACAUUUAUUCAACACUCAACUGUAAUAAAGCUUCUUUGAAAUGAAAUAAGUUUAUUUUCAUUCAUACAUAGAUUCGGGUCCGUGUAUAAACCGUAUUUUCGUUUUUCGUUUUUUACAAUUGAAAGUAUAACACGAAAAAGGAACAUAAAUAUCAUUUUUGGUUUUUCUAAUGAUUGAAUAGAAAACUUAAAUUUAUAGACUUGAAAGAGCGAUGUUGACUGGGAUCAAAAUAUAUACAACCGUUGCCUGAACACGGGUUUCGAAACUCUAAUCCCCAUUGCCACAUCUUGAAAAUUAUUCCACUUAAACAACAAACAAGGCUCAAGAUACAAGACAAAUUAGUUCACGUCUGAUACGUCUGAUAUACAUAAAUUACAACAGUAGCUCGCAGAGCUAUUUUCCGAGAAAAUGCAAAUAAAAUAUAUACCAUUAAUUCAACACAGAACCUGGAAUAUAAUAAAUGCACAACAGAUUAGAAGUUAUAAUGCAUUUACAAAAUUAUAGUUGAGAUAUAAAAAUAUCAUAUCAAAUUAUUAUAAAUACAUCGAUUUCAAAUAAAUGAUUACAAGAUUGUUCAGACGAUGUGUUUUUGUCGUUUUGUUGGAAAGAUAGCUUGACUAAAAUCCAAAAAUGCAAAUAAUAUUGAUACAAAAGCAGGUUCCUAAAUAAGAUACUAAUAAACGCGCAAAUCACAACUGCUGGUGUGUAGUCAGAAUAAUUAAAUAAUUAAAAGGUGCUAUGCCACAUUUUAAUCUGUGCUGGACCUGAUUGUUAUCCUCUAAUAUGGAGAAACCUACCUUUUUACGUUAAAAGCAAUAAAUAAUUUAACGUUAGAAAGUGUUUUUAUUAUAUACCCAUCAUAAAUCCACAAAUCAAGUCCUAACGACCACUCAGUAUUUGUUGUUGAUCAGUGUACCCUCAGUGAACGAUCACUUACAUCAAUACUAUAUAAUCCGUUUUUAUUAUGGCUUUUAUCUGUCUGUAUUUCAUGUAUGAAGUGUUCAUAUAUAAUUAACCUGUGCUUGAUUUCAUACCUGCCGCUUUAUAAUAGCAUAUUGUAUCUGCCUUUGUCAUCUUUAAAGUUGUGACAAUGCUAACAUUGGGUACUGGCAGACAUUAUAAACUCAAAUAUUGACUAAAUGAUCAAGGUUGUAUAAAAUACUAUAGACAGACUAUUUGUGGGCCGGUUACUUUAAAAGGAAUCAUAUUUCGUUAAUAAACUUCAGGACAUUAAUGAUACGCCACAGCAAUCACUUGAAAUUUAAAGUUUUGGCAGCCAAGAGCUAUUAACAUUUUCGUGUGAACGUGUGCUUAUAUCAUUUUCUGAAAUCGGAUUGGUGCAUCGCACAAUAUUUUGAAGGAAUAAAAGGAAAUUGCAGUAAAAGUGACAUAAUAUCAAUCUUGUUAAGGUACAUUACAGAUGUUCAGUCCUAACGCAGUCGGAUGUGACCCCCAAUGGCCUGCAGAAACUCUUCGACCAUCUUCUGUCCAUUGGAUAACUGCUGGCACAGGGUCUUCAACGUCUUCUGGUAUCGUACUGUUCCCUUCCUCGCUGGCUUCUUUGAUGGCUGGCCUCUCUGGACACGGGUAUAGGUCAUUUAACCAGACAGGAGUAGCAACGCAUAACUAUUGCGCAUUCACUAAAAUCACUUGAUUGCCAAAAAAAAGUUAUGGGAGUUUCACUUGAGAUGUACCGGCAAAGAAUAGGGCGAUACAAGAAUCAUGCAAAAGGCAUCAUCGAUGCUUGGCCGACAACAGUUGUCAACGAGAAAGACCUUGUUGUGAUCGCAGGUCAUUUUCGGUGUAACUGCAAGAUACUUGGUAACGCACUUGGAGUGACGACUCCUGUAAUCGCCGGCCAUCUGAUUUGCCCGAACGUGCUGACCUUUCUUCAAACAUGGAGGAAAGAAGUAGAGAACCCUACCUUAAGGCUGCUUCUUGACUUGCUCAAAGGUGUGCCAGAGGGUUCCAUUGAUUGGAAAGGGCUACGGAAAGGCUAUGGUCUGAAGUCAAAGAUGUCGUGCUUGAUGUCAAGUUCGAUUAUUCCGUUAUCGGGCUUCGAAGACCGGUACAGUAGGAAUACUACUACAAGGGUGUCAGAAAGUGACUCAGAUAUCAGUCAAUGUGAUGUGGUUGAAGGGUUCCAUGAGAACAGCGAAGGGUGGACAGAGAUUAUUAGGAAGAAGCUACAAGUAGAAGUUCCAAAACCGUGCAUUCAAGAAAUCCGAGGACAAGGGGACAGCAAUAUGAAUUCCAUCAAAGAAAAGUCAGGACUUCGGAGCAUUGCAGUGGACAGGCGAAGACAAAAGGCCAAAUGGAGGGUCAUAACGAUGAGAGGAUCAGUGAAGUCCAUGCAGAAAGCUCGGGCAAUGAUUCAGGCAAUGAUUGCCGACUGGCAACAAAAAUUCAACAAUUCCAGUAGCCAUGAAACUGUUAGGAAAGAACAACUUGUCACCAAAGUGUCAGGAGCAAGCAUUAAGGAGACAACUUCCUCCAAUAGUCAGCUUGCCACGUCUUUGUCUUCAUUUGAAUUAGCUAACCAUAAAGCCAUGGACACGAGCAAUGUUACUACUGAGAAGAGCGAUGUAACCAUGGAAGCAAGUGAUGUUACCUUGGAAACAUAUGCUGAAGUAGGGGCCUGUGCACAAGCUCCUAGUCCCACUCGUUCUCCUCAGCAAUCGUCAGUAACGAUCAUUGGAGGUGUAGCUCCUAGGCCGCAGGCGCCUAAACUGAGUGAUUUAGGUCGGCAGAGAUGGUCAGAAACACAUAAUACCACAGGUUCACAUGAUCCUAUUGGUCUGAAGAACAAGAACGGCCAGAACCUGUGUUUUGCCAAUGCGGCCUUACAGUGCUUCCUUCAUACCCGAAUUCUAGAAAUACUUGAGCAGCAUCAGAAGUGUUCUGGGGAUGUGGGUUGCUGUAAAUGCCAGCUCAGAUUGUUCUUCGAGUCAAAAGGAAACACAGCAGAGCCUAUCCUGACUGCAAUGAAAGAUAUUUGGCCAAAAUACAAGCUCGGCCAACAGGAGGAUUCUCAUGAGUUUAUAUUACGCAUUCUGGAACAGCUGGCAGUUAUUAACGGUGACAGUAGCUCUUCCAGUGUAAAUGGCUUGGACAAAAUGUUCCAUGGGAAGUUGGAAUACUUAGAUAGCUGUAUCAGUUGCGAGUUAAAGAACAGUAAACCUGAAGCAUUUUCCUGUUUGUCUGUCUCUGUUGAAAAGGAUUUGAAGCUGUCAUUGCGAAGAUUUUUAUCUCCAGAGGAGCCGGAUCUUUGCUGUAACAAAUGCAAGACUGAUGGCACUAUGUCCAAGAAGAUUCAGCUUCUGGAUAUUCCAGAAAUGCUCAUUUUACAUGCAAAGAGGCUCCUUUCUAUUGAAGAAGUAAGAUUUCUCCCUGAUGGUGGGAAGGACAGGACGGUGAUGCGUGUCCCACCGGUGCUUAAGAUUCAAUGCAGCAACGGGACAGAGGUGCAGGCAGAUUUGCUAGGGGGUAUUUGCCAUCUAGGUGAAACAAGGGAUAGAGGCCACUACAUUGCCUAUGUUAAAUGCCAUGAGCAAUUCUUUCGCUGUGAUGACGAUCUGAUUUUUGAGGUGGAACUGUGUGCAGGGCAAACAGAUCUCGAUUCCAACGGAUAUGUGUUCUUCUACAAGAAAAGGUCCAGUUGACCAGGAUCCUCUGAUAUAGGAACAAACAUUCCAGGAUGAAGUUGUCUUCAAAUUAGUAUUAAGCUUUACAAUUAUAUAAUUAAGUUUUACAUUCCAUUGUGCCAUUGGUGUAAGUUGUAAAUAUCGAUGACUGGCGACCCCAUAUAUUUUGGUAUAUUUUAAAAGGCAGUGAUUUUUUUGGAAAUAUUUUUACUGCCUGUGCCUUGCAAAUUGGGAUAAAGUCGACUUUGGAAAAAAUACAAAAUCAGGCCAAAAUAGCUAUUAAAUAUAAUGGCAGCUAUACAUGUUUUCACUCUUUUAUGCAUACAGUAUGCUGUGAAAGGGUUAGUCUUGUUAAGAUUUUGUUUAUUUUUAAGAAAUUCAUUGCUUUUUAUUAACAUAGAUUAUAAAAAUCUUAAUGCCAUUUUUAGCUCUACUGGCCAAAGCCCAGAAGAACUUAUGCGAUGGUAAUGUGUGUGUCCGUGUGUGCGUCAGUGCGUCUGUAAACAGCUAAUCAACACAUUAAAUGUUUUAAAUGAUACCAAAUGAAAGUGGUGUCUUGAGACAAAAGGCAAAUAAUUGUGUAUGGGGUAUCUUUUGUGCAAAUAAUGAUACUGAGAUUCGUUGUGAAUAAGAGAUGCUUUUGUCUGAAUGUCUUUCCUUCUUUAAAUAAAGUUAUUAUUAUUAAUAUUAUUAGUAUAUUUAUUAAAGUGCUGUUUGUCAAGUUUAAUAAUAAUAAUUGUUGCCAAAUAUCUGUCUGUGUAUUGUUACAUUUACCUUGAAUUUUAAUUUUCUGAGUUUUAAGAUUACAUUACACUGGAAAGGGCAGUAGAUAUUUAAUGCAGAAGAGAAUUAAGAAAACUGAUCCCAUACAGCAUUGUGAAAGUAUUUGUAAACAUUUUUGUUGAUUUAAUAUAUUGUUAUAAUAUAACACUUGGUAAUAUAUAUUUAUAUAUUGAAGAAAGGUACAAACACAAAUACAUAUCCAUACAUAAUUUCUGUUCAUAAAAGUGUAAACAGUAAACGUUAAUGUUUUAGAUUUUCAGCUUACCAGAGCACGAAGUGCUCAAAGUGAGCUAUUGUGAUCGGUCUUUGUCCGUCGUCUGUCCAUCAGUCCCUCCGUCAGUCCGUUCAUCAACAAUUGCUUAAAAAUCAUCUGAAACUACCUGGUCAAAUUCAAUGAACCUUCACAGGAAGCUUCCUUAGGUGUCCCUCUACAAAAAUACAACAAGAGGUCACGAUUGUUAACAACAACAACAACAAAAUGGCCGACUUCCUGUUUUGCUUUAAAAAGCAACUCUUCUGAAACUUCCAGUCCAAAUUCAAUGAAACUUUACAGGAAGCUUCCUUGGGUGACCCUUUACAAAAAUACAUCUUCUCUUAAACUACCAGUCCAAAUUCAAUGGAACUUUACAGGAAGCUUCCUUGGGUAACCUUCUACAAAAAUACAACAAUGGGUCUCGAUUGAUCAACAACAACAACAAUCUGGCCAACUUGCUGUUUUGCUUUAAAAAACAUCUCCAUCUGAAACUACUAGGCCAAAUUCACUGAAACUUCGCAGGAAGCUUCAUUGCAUGACCCUCUACAAAAAAAGAACAAGGCAUUGAGAUGGAUCAACAACAACAACAACAACAAAAUGGGCGACUUUCUGUUUUGCUUUAAAAAAUAAUCUCUGAAACUACCAGGCCAAAUUCAAUGAAACUUUACAGGUAGUUUCAUUGCAUGACCCUUUACAAAUAUAAAACAAGGCACCGUCAUCAGUAAAGAUAUGUUUAAAUUGCAACAUUUUUAUUAAUGCUUUAUCACAGAGUUACGGCCCUUUGCUUAGGUGAGCGUUUUAAGGCCAUCAUGGCCCUCUUUUUUAAGUAAAGUUAUUGAAAAUAAAUUGUUUCAGAUAAAUUAACUGAUGAUAUCUUAUGAUAAAAGAGAUAUAUACGUUAGAAAAUGACUAAAUAUGAUAAAUGAGUACCGGCCCAGGCCAUAAAUAUUUAAUAUAUUUUUAAAUAUUUAAUAUAUUUUUAAUUAGAACUUAUCGAUUGUUUUUCACAUAUUUUUGUACACAUGCAUGUGCUUGUGUUAUUAUGAUUAUUAAGGUUGAUCAUGUUAAAAUUGUUUUAAGGUAUCCAAUGUAAAAAUUAGGGAGUUUUGGAAUUAAUUUUAAAUACUGUAGAAAGAAUUGUUUACCUAAAGUAACAUUACAAAUCAGUUGUUUUUGGCAGUGCUAAAAUUGCAAUACAGUUCAUUUCAAGCCAAAUCCAAGUUGAAAUGAAGUACAAAAAUACACAUUGAAUUAACUUGAUCUGUAAUAAUAUUUCAGUGAUAUAUUUUUAUUAUAAGUAUUCAUUACCCGGUGCCCUUUAAAAUGACUCUAGAAUGAUAUUGGGUCAUCAGGUAUCAAAAUGUCACAUGUCGCCAAUUGUUCGAUCAAAUGACAAUCUUAUUUGUACAUCGAAUAGCUUAAAGGGACUCGUUUUAUACGGUUGGACAUACAAAAUAUAGCAGUGAUAAAACAUUAUUAAAGUUUGAAUAUUAGGAGCUUUAUGGUUAACAAUUUUUAUGCUUUUUUAUGAAAAAAAUAAAUCCUUCAUAUUCUCAAGAAACGUUAGUUACCCUAUGGAAAUUAUAUGACUUUAUUUAAAAUAAAUAAAUUAACUAACUCGUAUUUGAACCUUUGACAAAAAAGAUUGCAAACAAAGUAUCAGUAUAUGAGUGGCUUUAAGGAAACAAAAUUGUUAUUUAUUAAUUUUAAAGAUUCUAUAGAGUUUUAAAGUAAAUCAAUUUUAAUAUUAAUGUAUUUUUUUAACUUUUAUAUAUUUUAUGGAAGUUUUUUUUUAUUUCGCUGAGCAAUCAUUUUAACAACCAAUUGAACAUUACAGUAUAAUUGUUGAUGGUGUGUCACGAAUAACUGUUAUUAAAGGAAUAAAAAAAUGA